AGUUCUCCUGCGUUACUUUAAUUCUCUCACGUUGGUCGCUUACCAUCGCAUCGAGCAACCUCGACAAUUAGACCGCAGCAUUUCGUCCAGUCGCACUUUCGACACCAAAAUCGUCGCCCAAGAUGGCCGUCCUUAGGCACCUACCCAGCAAGCACAACCCUCUCAUGAUUGACGAUAUCCCUCCCUAUAAUGAGCUCGUGUCGCGUCGCCGUCUCGGCCAGACCCAAUUGACCGCGAAGAUGGUCGCGGCGGGCGCCGCCGGGGAUAUCGACCCUUCUAGCCUAGGAGUUUUUGAUUACGCGCACCUACGGGCUCCUCUACCGAAAGGUAUCAACUCGGGCAUCUUCAAGUCUUCGCCAAACUCGUACUUCCUCAUGCGUCGCAGUCAGGAUGGGUUCGUCUCUGCCACCGGCAUGUUUAAAGCGACCUUCCCUUAUGCUGAGGCGGCGGAGGAAGAAAUGGAGCGCAAGUAUAUCAAGUCAUUGCCCACAACGAGCCACGAAGAGACUGCUGGCAACGUUUGGAUCUCCCCGGAGCAGGCUUUGGUUCUGGCUGAGGAGUACCGCAUCACUACCUGGAUUCGCGCGCUCCUCGACUCGGCCGACAUAGCCAUCACCAACAAUUCGGAAAACCCGCCCAAGAGAAUUGCCGCUCCGCCGAAAUUUGAGACUUCCCUGCCGACACAGCCUGUUCUCGCGCCGCCGACUCCCUCAUCGCUCCCGCGUAGCACACGAGCCCGCCGCUCGGCCAGUCCUGCGAAGAAACGAGCUAUCGCGUCUCCACGAAAACGGUCGACGAAAGUACCCGCAUCCCAAUUCUCCCCCACAGAAGUCCCAUCUCUGAAAGAAGAAACGGAGUCUAUGGCAAAUGGCUUUAAGACCGACGAAGAUGCUGCGUCUACGGCUGCUACCGAGGAGAUACCAACCAAGACUGUCGAGAAGGAGGCCCUAGGGGUCUUUGCGUCGACCGAGGAAGAACCUGAGGUACAAAUCAGGGUUGGCCAGGAGGUCGAGUUCCACGGCGACGUCGCGACGACACAAAACACCGUUGAGGCGGAACUUGCUUACAGCGAGCUACCUAAUUCUGAGGACACCGCUCGGAUGAUCGAGGAGGCGGAAGAGAUGGUGAGGAAUGUUGCCGCUGAGACUUCCGCCCCGUCGUCGUCGAGCAAGAAAGGCAAGCGGAAGGCGGAUGAUAUCGCGGGUAAUGAAGAGGAGGAAGGCAAAGAGAAGGCUGACGAGGUUCCGGAGGAGCCACGGUCAAAGAAAGCCAAGACAGAAAAGACAGAGGUACAAUUGAGAAAGGAGCGUGUCAGAAACCGGGCAUUGGUUGGUCUCAGCGCGACACUCGCAGUUGGGUAAGUUAUUCCAGUCCCGUAAGUUGCUGUGCCACGAGCUAAUUAUCUCCGCCAGCGCUCUGAUCCCAUACGUUAUGGGCGUGUUUUAGGCCAUAAACGGCCUAGUUGCCUGUAUCGUCGCUGUUCAGUGUUUUUGAUUUGGUUUUUUCUUCUCGGUUAGCUAGUAUUUAUCACUCUGCUCGACCAUUUGUGACGAGUCUAGGUGGUAUCGAUGGGUUUUGCGCUCGCUCGGAGA